GACACUCAAGCAUUCAAGACUUCAAAUUUCUUGCAACAGACCGACCAAUGACAGGUAAUGCAAAACUCAAAAGCUCAAAACUCAUGCCGCGCUUCAGCGAAUGGGCGGCGCAGAAAAGCGCAGAAACACAGAAGCCACUGAGCAUUGCAGGCAUUCCCAUUGACACCGUGGUUCGACGGGAGUUCCAGAAUUAUUUGGUGGACAACAGCCUGCUCCGCUCCCGCAGCUCAGGGCUCCGGUACCGUGGAACAGACGGGGAGAAGAACCAGGUGCUGAAGCCCGUGCCCUGGGGCCGGACGAUCUGGGGAGUCCUCGAUGAGAGUGGCGAAUGGCUCAAAGUGCAGCCAGGACGUGCCUGUGCGUGUGGAUGGGAUCGAAGUGCUGAAAGCCCUGCCAGAGGCAGAAGAUCCCUCUGAGGAGGAGGAGAACAGCAUCCAAGGUCAAUUCUUGGGAUCUCUCAAGGUGCCUGAGAAGUUCCGGCCUGCCUCAGAGGCUCAGGCGGAGGAGUUGGGCCAGGGGAGCUGGUAUCAGAUUGCCGCGGACCGGGUGGCCCUCCGUGAGGGUCCCUCCCUUGGCGCGGCGGCCGUCAGCUCACUGCGACGAGGCGCCUCACUGGAACUCUUCGGCUGGGAUGAGACACGCACGUGGCGCAAGUGUUUGGAGCCCAGGACCAUGUUGCAAGCUUGGGUGCUCCUGGAACACCCGGAGCUGGGUCCUUUGCUACGCCCUUCGUCCAGUUCGGGAACCGGCUGGCGGCCCAUGCCGCUUUGCGAUGCCGCGGCAGAGGGGCGCCUGGAGGAUAUGAGGCACUUCUUGUUGGACACCCAAGCCGCGGGCACGGUGGACUGGCAGGGCCGUUCGCCCCUGGCGCUGAGCGCCAGCUGCAACCAGCUGUCCUGCACGGUGCGGCUGUUAGAGGCUGGUGCUGAUGCCCGGGAGGCGCUCGAGGAUUGCGAACGCAGGCACGAGGAGUUGGAUGUCUUGCCUGCAGCACUUCUCACGGCGAUGGCUGGGGGAAAGGCAAACCAGUCAGCACUCCAGCUCCUGUUGAAGCGCCUGGACCCACCGGAGCGCAACGUGGCCGAAGCCAUGCUGAACCGCCGGGAGCCGCGAGGCAUGAACAAGACCGACCUGAAGGAAGCGAUGAACCAGGCCUUUGAGGAGGAGGCGGCCACCGAGGCGCCGGACUCGCCGGAGCCGCCGGAGCCGAAGCGCACGGAGGAGGGCGAGCUCUAUGAAGUGGUCUAUGAGGCCAUUUGGGUGCGACAAGUUCCGGAUGGCAAGGGCCAGAAGCUCACGAAGCGCAUGAAGCAGGACCGCUUCCGACUCCUGCGCUUUGACGAGACGGGCAAUUGGGGCCAGCUGAAGGUGGUGCUGGCCGAAGGCGAUGCGGAGGGCUGGGUGAUGUUGACCCACCCAGAGCUGGGGCCGCUGGUGAGGAAAUGUCAAGAUGACGACGACCGUGGCGGCCUCCUGAAGCCGGAGGAGCUUUAACCUCCAAGUCGAGGCUUCGCACUCACCACC